AUGGGUUACGGUGAAUAUGGUGCUGCAUCUGGUUAUUUUCCGUCACAACAACCGAAUCCCAAUAUUUGGGAAUCGAGCAAUGUCUUAUCUGAAGAAGAUGAGGCAAAUGAAGAAUGCGAGGAUGAUGGUGAGGGAAAUGAAACUCCUUCUCCCCAUCAAAACUUCACUCAAAUGUUACAGCAACCACUCCAAUCAACUCCGGAAUUUCGUGUUAGUGGUUCAAACAAUAGAGGUUGGUCGCGAUCAGAAACUGCGGCUCUUAUAUCCGGCUACAUGAACACCAGCACCGACAUAAUUACCGGCACAAAUCAAAAGAAGGGUGUAUUUUGGAAGAGAGUCUUGGACGCAUACGAUGCUGCCAGGGAAUCGAAUGCAGAUGAAAUAUCCCUACGAACUAUUAGUAGUUUGAAGGGAAGGUGGAUGCGAAUCUCUGAAGCCGUGUUAAAGUGGUGCGGAAGCUAUGAUAAGGCCCGGAAGCGAAAGGGAAGUGGCUAUAACGAAGAUGAUGUUAUCCAAGAGGCCCACAAAAUCCAUGAGAACUCAUUCGGACGAUUCACCUUCUACGAGGAAUGGAUCCAAUUAAGGAAGUGGACAAAUUCCGGGAGCGGAAGUAGUGGGAAGAGGACACGGGAUGAGGGUGACAAUUCCUCACCUACCACACCAACCAGCGUGGGUGUCGGUGAUGAGAGAGUAGCUCGUGCUGAAGGUAUUAAAAAGGCUAAGUCGAGAUUGAAGGGUAAAGCUCCAUCAAGUCAAGCAUUUAAGGAAUUAGAAACAUUCAACAGCCGAUUGCAGCUACUUGGGGAUUCGAUGAAUGUGUCAAACGAAGCAGAAAUGAAGAGACUUGAAAUACAGGAGCGCAAGGAGGCAAGAAAACAACGGAAAAUUGAGCUAGAGCAAUAUAGGAUCAACUGGGAGCAACUAUCUCGUCUAGAACAGAAAGUAAACCGAGAACAGUGGGAAGACGAAAUGAUAGUAAUACUUCGGAACAAUAUUCAACGUUUCAAUAAUGAUGCUUAG